AAAGAAAAAUAAUACAAUAACACGUCAGCAUAGGAGGACGGACGCUGUAGCUUAUAUUAGGGCUUUGAAUGCGGCGAGAGAUGAAAAUGGAGGGAAGCACAGAGUUGAAGGUGAUAAAGGCAAAGGCAGUGAGCGCUACGCCUGAGAACUUCAAAGCAUUUGGACAAGUGACCAGUCCUUCCCCCGAUGGAACUCUCUUUUCAUCUGAUGAUGCUCAGUUGUCCUUGCAUGCCGGAAUUCCCAGGUUUUACAUAAUGGAGUUGAAGGGUAGGUCUCUAAACUUUAGUACCAUUACACAUCAUGCCAAUGUUACACAGUGCCUUGGCAGUAUUGGCGGCCAUACAUGGUAUAUUGGUGUUGCAAGACCUUCAAUUGUGGAAGGGAAUGAGCCAGGAAUCGACAAAGCAGAGGACUCACAGACACACUUGGAGAUGAAAAUUGUAUCUCCAACUCAUGAAUUAGAUGUUCCAUAUUCUCAUGGGAAGAACAUUAUUCAGUCAAAAAUUGGACAUUACUAUGUUCCACCUGCUCCUGAGGUUGUGCAUGUCUUUCGAGUUGAGGGUCCUCAGUUUGUAAAACUGAACGUUGGAACUUGGCAUGCUGGUCCUCUUUUCACGGAUCCAUCAAUGAACUUCUACAAUCUUGAACUGAGUGACACAAAUGAGGUGGAUCAUACUACACAUAAUUUCCGCACAAGCAAUGGUGUGCGGUUUGUGAUAGAAGACUAAUAUAACCUUCAAUGUGGUAUUGGCACCAUCUAGGAUGAAAUUGACAUCUGGAUCGUAUGUGUUUUUCAUUUGGAGAGCAUAUUGUGUGGGUCUUCCAGAACCGUCAUAAAUUAUGGUGCUUAUUCCUAGAAGGUAGGCAUUAUGGGUCACUCCUUAAACUGGGGAACUUCACAACUUUUUUUUCAGUAGUCCAUUGGUGGGAAUGAAGGAUGUCUGAACGAUCAACUUCUAUAGAAGAGGUUUCUUGGAACAUCAUUGUUUUCAGCUAUAUUGUAUAGAUAGCUUUAGUAUAGUGUCUAAUUAGUCAUCUAAGCAUCUUCAAGUAGUUAUGUUAUACAUAUGUCUGGUAUCAAACUUUUUUGUAGCAUUGCAAGAUCUGUAUCACCUUUUUAAUUUCUAGGAUGCUAGAAAUAAUUUACAAUUUAGUUAUUUUUAUCUUGUGUCA